AUGGAGCCGGCGAAGAUGGCGUCGCCCAAGAGCGCGCCCAAAGACGCGCAGGUCAUGGCGCAGAUCCUCAAGGACAUGGGCAUCACGGAGUACGAGCCGCGCGUCAUCAACCAGAUGCUGGAGUUCGCCUACAGGUACGUGACCACCAUCCUGGAAGACGCCAAGAUUUACUCCAGCCACGCUAAGAAAUCCAGCGUGGACGCCGACGACGUGCGCUUGGCCAUCCAGUGCCGCACGGACCAGAGCUUCACGUCGCCGCCGCCGCGAGACUUCCUCCUAGACAUCGCGAGGCAGAAGAACCAGACGCCCCUGCCCUUGAUCAAGCCGUAUUCCGGGCCCCGGCUGCCCCCGGACAGGUACUGCCUGACGGCCCCCAACUACCGGCUGAAGUCCUUGCAGAAGAAGGUCUCUUCCUCUGCCGGGCGAAUAACAGUCCCUCGCUUGAGUGUUGGUGCCGUGAGCAGCAGACCGAGCACUCCUACUUUGGGCACCCCUUCGGCACAGGCGGUCUCCGUUUCCGCGAAGGUCGGCACCCCCGUGUCGCUCACCGGGCAGAGGUUCACCGUGCAGAUCCCGUCUUCGCAGGCAACAGUCAAAGCAGCCACACCAACAACUCCAACAGUUCAGAAUGUUCUAAUUAAUCCUUCAUUAAUUGGCCCAAAGAACAUUCUUAUUACUACAAAUAUGGUAUCGUCGCAGAACACCUCCGGGGACGCCAACCCCUUGAAAAGGAAGCACGAGGAGGACGACGACUACGAUACCCUGUGAGGGGGCUGCCCUGGCGCCGUCCCUUCCUCCAGCUGCGAUUCGUGCUGAGCCCCAGGGCUGUUGGCUAAAAAAGCUCUUUGUGAACCGCAGAGAGCCUGUAAAUAGUCUGUUAAUGCACAGUGGUUGUAGAGGGUGGGUAACAUCAUCAUCAUCGCCUGGUGGAACAGCUGAGAAGCACCUCAUUUUUUCCUGUAAUGCCUUUUAGCUCUCGCUGGAAGUGGUGACAGGAGCAGAGCCCUCGUCUCCUCUGGCGCCCGGUUGUGGCUUUGAGGCCGGGGGAGCCGGGGGCUUUUGCCCUGUUGCACCCUGCCCCSUGAAAGCACUGCGGACGGCGCUGAGUGACGUGGAGCCUCACGGAGAUACUGAAUGUGAAACUGAGGCAGGAAUGAACAGACUCGUGCCGAGGAAGGAAAGAUCUAGGACAUGCUGGCUUUUUUUUUCCCCUAAAUGUGUUUAUUGCUUCUAGACUGUUAUUUCUAUACUGUGUUCUCCAGGUGCAGCUUUACUAUGCAUGAGGAUUGUCUCUUACAGCAGAAAUACAGAGUAGAGGAGGGGGUUUCUGCAGAGCGCUUGCUCAGUUCAGCCUCUGGCCUAAGUUAGUGGCAGGGGGGCCUUAGCCCCAGCCCUGCCCAGCCCCUCUGCCCGGCCCUGCAGGGCGGCUCUUGCACCCCCUGCCUGCCCCCGCAGCCGCUCCGGGCUCAGCGGCCUAGCUGCAGUUAACAGAACUUGUUCUUAACAGCAGCAGGUGCAGGAAGCACCAGCCCGGGGCAGAGGGAAAGGGCUGCUGCUCAGGAACAAUUUGCUUUUGGUCUGUAUUAGGCUCUCAGC